CUGACCGACGAAGGAGACACCCGGAGGAACAGAGCAGCCUGGCACUUCCACCCGUCGCCGCCCGCGCGUCUCCGGUGAACUUGUUACCUUGGCCGGGGCGAGAUGGCCGGCCAAGACCACUACACGCGAACGGGCGGCGGCGAUGUCCCUGGCCGGCCUCACGCCCGCGGCGGGCGGGCGGUUCAGAGAGACCGAGCAGAAGACGUGGAUGCCUAUGCCGAUGAGGAACUGACGGCGGGGAGAAGGCGGCGUGCUUUCUCGCCAGCUCGUGCUCCGUGGCAGUGGCCCGCAGCAGCAACUCUGUCUCUGUGGCAGGGUGGUGCCAGCGCUGAAGAGCAGCGCCGGCCCGUCACGCUUGAGGGUUGCCAGGCCAUGUGCGGCAACAUCAGCGUCCCCUUCCCGUUCGGCAUGAAUCAGGGCUGCUUCGUCGAGGGCUUCCAGGUCGCCUGCGACGACUCGUUCGACCCCCCUCGUCUCUUCCUUUUCUACAACCGGACAGGACCACGAACCUCAUUCAGCGAGAUGGGCGAGGCGGCGUACUCAACGCCGACACCGGUCACGUCGGACCCGACGCUGGAGAAGAGGUGGGAAGUGCCCGUGGAGCUCAUGGACAUAUCGAUUGCCAAGAGCGAGGCACGGGCUUACGGACUGGUGAGAUCCGACUGCAGCACGAGUGCGCGCGACCACUUGCUCAAGCUUCAGUUUACGUGGUUAUAUCAGCCAUUCUACCUGUCAGAGAAGCGCAAUUUUCUCGUCGGUGUUGGCAGGGACGUCAGAGCUAGGAUGAGCGACUACUUGCUGGGCUCCGCAAGCCCUGAUACGACAUGCUAUUCAAGCAUUGGACCUACCUGCGAGGACGCCUUUCCAAAAGGAAGCAUCCUCAACAGAUUUGGUGUGACGUUUGAGCCAGAUAAUAACACGUCUUGGGAAAGUUCACCCUGCCUCUACGGCAUGGUGGUGGAGAGCUCAUGGUACAACUUCUCUGAUGAGGACAUGCGCGGCUACGAGGUGCUAUCCAACAAGUACUCGAGGGGCGUCCCCAUGGUGCUCGAUUUCGCCUUUAGGGACGGUUCAUGUCCGGGUGCGGACAGCUCUGUCCGUCCAGGCUACAGGUGCGUCAACGGCAACAGCUCCUGUGUCAAUUCAACCAGUGCCGAAGGCUAUUUCUGCAAGUGCUUGGAACAUUACGAUGGCAACCCUUACAUUCCUAAUGGAUGCCAAGACAUCAACGAGUGCGAGCUCCGAGAACAAAAUCCUGAUCUCCGUGAUUUGUAUCCUUGCGACGGGAUCUGUAAGAACAGGCUGGGAGGCUAUGACUGUCGAUGCAAACCCGGAAUGAAAGGGGACGCCAUAAAAGGAACCUGCACGGAGAAACUCCCCCUAGCAGCAAAAGUGACUGUGGGUAUUGCUGCCAUGAUUGUUGUCUUGGUCCUCAUGGUUAUGGUCCAUCAGCUACUAAAAUUUAGAAGGUUCUAUGAACAAAAUGGUGGUCCGGUACUAAAAGGUGUAAAGAAUAUAAGGAUCUAUACAAGGAAACAAAUUAAGCAAAUGACAAAUAACUACAGGCGUGUAAUUGGAGAGGGCCACUUUGGUAAGGUUUAUCUUGGGACUCUCAAAGACAAAAAACAAGUUGCUAUAAAGAAGUCCAUCAAGGUUGACAACCACAUGAAGAAGGAGUUCACCGAUGAGGUUAUAAUCCAAUCUGCAAUGAGGCACAAGAACAUUGUUAUGCUCAUAGGCUGCUGCUUACAGCUGGAUGUUCCCACGUUGGUGUACGAGUUCGUAGCGAGAGGGAGUCUGUACGAUGUCCUCUUCAAGUGCAGAGAUAAGAUUCUAGUGGGUACACGGUUGUGGAUUGCCGCUGGGUCAGCCGAAGGCUUAACAUACAUGCAUUCAGCAGGGGAGAGUACAAUCCGUCAUGGUGAUGUUAAAUCUGCCAAUAUCCUUCUCGACGAAAAGUUCACCCCAAAGGUUUCAGACUUUGGGACAUCAAAGCUACUCGCGAGAGGAAAAGACGAGAUGACAGAACUUGUCAUUGGGGACAUGAGCUACAUAGAUCCGGUAUAUAUGGAACAAGGGAUCGUCACACAGAAGAGCGAUGUCUACGGCUUCGGAGUUGUCCUCAUAGAACUUAUCACAAGGAGGCCUGCAACAUAUGAUGCUGAGCGGAGCUAUGUUGCAAACUUUGUUGAAGCUUUUGUAGAAAAAAGAGGAAGAAGCUUUAUUGACAAUGAUAUUACAAGCGAGGCGGAUAUCAAUCUAUUGGAAAUGGUUGGCGGAGUCGCGGUAGAUUGUCUAAAGCCCAAUCCAGAAGAACGACAAGACAUGAAACAAGUAGAGCACCGCCUCCUCGAGAUUGUUGCACAAUCUGAAGAUUAUAGUCAAAAGAGGAACUUCCAGGGAGAUCUUAGUCCGGCACCAGAUGAUGUUGCUUUUCUUAAAGCCUUGGGAGAAUGAAGUAUCUAUCCUCUACCAAUAUUUUUACAUUUUCCAUUCAAUUAUCUAAUGGUUUGAUUGCAUUGAGACGUCAAGACAUUAGAGUAUGUGCCAAUUUUAUUCAUGUGACAUUUUCCUUUGUGACAGGAAAUGUAGGAUCUAAUUGCCGUGGAUUUAUAAUUAUGAUGUAUAAACAGACACGGCGUCAUGGUUGUGUGCAUCACAAUACUCCUAUAUGCCUACAUUUGA